AUGAGCAGCGCACCACCGCCCGUCCAGGUCUCUAACCCCACCGGCGACCUCGCUCCAGCCACCGCGGCCGACCUCGACGAGCGCCUCGCCCUCUCGCUCCGCCUCAUCGACGCCGUCUACGACCGCGACGACCGCCUCGUACAGCACCUCGUCCUCGAAGAACACGCAGAGUGCUGGGUCCAAGACGCCCAGGGCUGGACCGCCCUUCAUGCAGCAGCUCACACGGGCAGCGUCGACCACAUCAAGCUCCUCUUGCGCAAGGGCAACGCCGUCUGGUCCAUCCCCGACAACCUCGGCUGCACUGCGGGCGACAUCGCCUUCUCGAUGAACAACACCGACGCCUACGAGGAGCUCCUCGCCGAGGGCAUCCGCUCCGAGAUGCUGCGCGCCGUCCUCGAGGCCGCCCACUCGUCGUCGGGCGAGUCCGACGCAGCGUCUGACGCCGCCGACGACGCCGACAUGACGGCGCUUGACGCCUCUCGACCCGACGUCGAGGCCGGAGCAUCUGCCGCCAGCGACUCGACGACGGCGGCCGGCGCUGUCGCCCAGCUCUCGACCGCGUCCGACAACGCCACCUUCCUCGCGUCGCGCCUCACGUUCACGCACGACUCGCGCGGUCAGCCGAUCGCGCUCGACGCCGAGGGCAACGGCGUCAUGAUGGGCUGGGAGUCGGGCAUCAUGCACCAGACGGCGAGGCGCAUGUGCGAGCCGGCGUGGGGCGACCGGCGCGACAAGUCGUGGGCAGAGCUGCACAGCGAGGAGGAGGGCGACAGGGAGAAGUUGAGGGUCAUGAACGUCGGCUUUGGGCUCGGCAUUAUCGACACGUACCUGCAAGAGUACCACCCGACCCAGCACCUCGUCAUCGAGCCGCACCCGGACGUGCUCGCCUUCGCGCGCGAGAACGGCUGGUACGACAAGCCGGGCGUGCGCUUCUACGAGGGCACGUGGAAGGACUACCUCAAGGCGCUCGAGGCAGGAGACGAGGAGUACGUCGGGUGGGACGGCGUCUACUUUGACACCUACUCGGAGCACUACGCCGACCUGCACGCCUUCUUCCAGACCUUGCCCGACCUCCUCUCGACCUCGCCGAACGCCCGCUUCUCCUUCUUCCACGGCCUCGGCGCUACCUCGCGCCUCCUGUACGACGUCUACACGUCCGUGUCCGAGAUGCACCUGCGCGAGAUUGGCCUCGCGACCGACUGGAGCGAGGUUGACGUGGCGGGCGAGGGCGUCGGACGAUGGGAGGCGACGGGUGCGUCGUCGGCGGGUGCGCCGGGAGCUGGAGCGGCGGGCGCGAGGGACAAGAGGACCGAGGGCGAGGGCGAGAAGAAGUACUGGCGCGAGGAGAUGGUCGGGCGGUACCGGCUCCCGCUCUGCAGGCUCGAGUUUUGAGCCGGCCCGGGUCGCCCUGUGCAACGACGAGCGUACUUCAGGCUC